UGUGUGUUGUAAAUAAAAGUUUUGUUUUUGUUAAGAAUUGAGAUUUCAUUUUUACUCUCUCUCCUUUCUGUGAAUUAUAACUAGUCAAAUUAGAUUUAGCGACAUAGUAACAGUUUGUUUUCAUUGUUGUUGCUACGGAUCCGAUUCGUGAAAAUAUCUAGAUUUCAAUCAUAAUAACCUAGUCGAAUUCUAUGAUAAAUACCUAACGUAUUACGUCGUGUUUCGUUAUUGAGUUACAAUUAAGGUUUGUCUUGCCUGUAAUUCAUUUAUUAUACAUUUUAAGUAGCAGCCCUGAACAGCGGCUUACGGUUCUACGUUGUAGUUUGGAAACGUAUAAUAUGUUGAAAAUUAAACAAGAAAAUGAUGACACAGAAGAACACUCCUAUGAAGGAUCGUUUGAAGUCAUUGAAACUAAACCGUUAGAUGUGCAGUUCAAAAACAAUGAAAUUUCUACAGCUGAGGAGUAUUUAGUAAAGAAUGAAGUCGACAAUACUUAUGAAGUUUUGAAGCGGUAUAUUAUGUUGAAAAUUAAACAAGAAAAAGAUGAAACAGAUGAACACUCUUUUGAAAAAUCGUUUGCAGUCAUUGCACCUUAACCGUUAGAUGUGCAGUUCACAAGGAAUGAAAUGUCUACAACAGAGGAGUAUUUAGUAAAGAAUGAAGUCGACAAUACUUAUGAAGUUUUGAAGCGGUAUAUUAUGUUGAAAAUUAAACAAGAAAAAGAUGAAACAGAUGAACACUCUUUUGAAAAAUCGUUUGCAGUCAUUGCACCUUAACCGUUAGAUGUGCAGUUCACAAGGAAUGAAAUGUCUACAACAGAGGAGUAUUUAGUAAAGAAUGAAGUCGACAAUACUUAUGAAUAAGCUAGUUUUACAAUUAGUUAACAAUCAAACACAGAAAAGCUACAUUUAUAAUCUAUAUUGUAAUACAAGCAAAACAAUUAUGGAAGUUAUUAUGCACGAACACUUUGAAAAAAUUUACCAAUUCUAUGAGGAAAAAGAGUUUUGUGAUGUAACCUUGGUUACAGAUGAAGGCUUAAAAAUAGAAGCACACAGAAAUAUAUUGGCUUCUGCGAGUAAUGUAUUUUAUACGAUGUUCAGCGGUCAGUUCAGAGAAAGAAACGAAAAUGAGAUUCUUAUAAGAGAAAUAGAUUCUGAAAUUUUAGAAUUGGUGGUCAAAUUUGCAUAUACUUGUAAACUGGAUAUUGAAGAAAACAAUUGUGAAAAACUGUUGAUGACUGCUAAUAUGUAUGGUCUAAAUCAUAUGAAAGAGUUAUGUUUUAAAUAUAUUAAAGAAAAUAUAAAUCCUACAAAUUGUGUGAGUUUAAUGAAAACUUCCAAAUUUAUAUCAGAUGAAAAGAUUUACAAUUUUUGCUGGGCAUAUUUUUUAAACAAUUUCACUACAAUUGUGAAUUCGGAUCAAGCAUUAGAAACACUUUAUGACUUUGAGUUUGAUGAUGUUGUCGAGUUUAUUGCACGUGAUGAUUUAGUAAUUGAUUCUGAGGAAAAGAUAUUUGAUUUUAUCAUUGGUUGGAUACGCUAUAACACAGAUGAACGUAAUGACUUGUUACCGGAUCUUAUGCAAUAUUUAUGUUUGGCUUUAAUUUCAAAAGAAGGACUACUAAGGAUUUAUGAUGAACCAUUAGUGAAAAAUAAUUAUGAUGUUACGAAAAGCAUGUUAGAAACUAUCAUUACUUACGACAGCUCAAAACCAUCUUAUACUCUAGGAAGAAGUACUCAAAUUGAACCAAACAUUAUUUUUGCAAUUACCGGCGAUUCAAACAGUGGCGGUUCCUCUGUAAAGUAUAUGGAUAUUAGCAACGUUAAUGACUUAAAUUGGAAAUCAAGCGAUCAUUUAUUUUUUUUGCCUCCCCGUAAAGGCUCAAACAUGGUACUCUCUGAAAAUGGGAUAAUACUUGCUAUUGGUGGUUUAAACGAGUCUCAUGGUGAUGUAAAUAUUGUAGACGAGCUUGAUCUUAAUUCAAUAUCAAAACAAUGGGUUUCUACAAGGCCAUUGAACCGACCACGAAUACAUUUUGCUGUUUGUACUCACAAGCAAUACAUAUAUGUCGUUGGAGGCCGAUGUUUAUCAAGUAGAAAUAAUAUGAAUUCUGUAGAAUACUAUGAUAUAAAUUCAAAAGUAUGGACAGAAAUUAUUAAACCAAUGCCCACUGCUCGAGCCUUAUGCAGUGCUGCAGUAUUUAAUAAUAAAUUAUAUGUUUUUGGCGGACGUGAUAGUAAUGGUUCUCUUGCAACUGUAGAGUACUAUGAUUUCGAAAAGAUACGCUGGAAACGACUCGAUCCUAUGCCGAUAUUUAAUUAUAACAUGGGUGUGUCAAGAAAAAAUAAAGUCCUUUAUCUCAUUGGUGGUGCCUAUGCACCUCAACAAAUUUUUAAAUUCGAUUUACAACAUUUCAAAUGGGAUGAAAUGCCUGACAUGAACACUGUCAUGAAUCCCAUGAAUUGUCAUGGAUGUUGCUCAAGUGUUAGUAUCAUGAAAAACGAUUUAUUCGUGUUUGGGAAUAAUGAAGGAAAACUUCAUUGUGAAAGAUACGACAAAGGAAAAAAUCAAUGGCAAUUGGUCGACAGGGUAGAAGAGCGAUCAUCCCCAACUGGUCAUAUCAUUACUUUCAAUGAUAUUACUCUUAAAUCCUAUGGUAUUCAAUUGUAAUACUUUUUUUUUUUAAAUACCUUUUUGUGAAUUCAUCAAUUUAGUCUCAAAAUUAUUUAUACAUUUUGUUGUUGAUUUUUUUUGUAUUUGUUAAUACUUUGGAAGGACUUCAUUGUAAAAUAUGUUACACAAAGAUUACAUAGCACCUGGUUGUCAGAGCAGAAGAGACUUCAAACGUUUUUGUUAUAAUAUUGUUUUAGUAUAAUGGUAUUCACUUAUAAUAUUACUUUUUAAUAAUUAAAUUCAAUUUGUUAUUAUACCUUUAAUACAUUCAUUAGAACUAUAUACUCGUAUAUAAAAGUAAUGUUUUUUUUUGUGUGUUUAUU